AUGGCUGGAAUAGACAAAACCACAUUGAUCAAGAUGAUAUUCAAUGAUCGUGAACUUUGUCACGAGUUUUUCACUCGUCUUUGGAUUUACGUAUCUAGAACCAUGAAUAGGAAACAAUUAUUCAUGGACAUUAUAAGUAAAUUUACCAAGGUGACCAGUGGUUACAAGGAUACGAAGGAGGAGGAGCUGGCAGAAAGAAUCCAGGAUUUUUUGAAGGAGGAGAAGUAUUUCAUUGUUGUGGAUAAUGUAGGGCGCACAGAAGAUUGGGAUUAUUUGAGAACUGCUUUUCCCAACAACCAGAAAGGGAGUAGAAUAUUGGUAACAACGCGUAUUCUUGAAGUGGCUAAUCAUGUUGAUUCUAAAAAUGCUCCGCACAAGUUUCCUAUAUCUUGCAGCAUUUCCAAUAGGACAUCGAAUAAUUUCUGCCUGGAAAUUGAUUUACUUGUGGAUUGCAGAAGGAUUUAUUCCUUCUUCUUCAUCCCACUCGAAUAUGGAGGCCGAUGGUAA